AUGACGACUCUUUCAAAACCAACAACUCCUUUCGUCGAGGAACUCUGCCACAAAAUAGCUCGGAUUAAAUAUGCACCUACGCGACAGCAACCGACGGAUUCGUACAUUCCUCAACACUUGCGGGAUUGCGAAUUCGUCUUCGUACGGAACGACGCCGUGAGACGACCACUCACACCGGCAUACCAAGGUCCUUUUCAGGUUCUUCGGCGCACCGACAAGCACCUUACGAUCAAGCGUGCGAACACGACCGACACCGUCGCAAAUGAUCGGACCAAGCCUGCCUUUCUGGCGAAGCGACAGUACAAUGCAAACCCGGCUCCGCGGGCCCCUGACGCCACUCCAGCUCACCCGGCACACGCAGCACCGCAGACAUCGGACGACACCCCAGCGACUUCUGUGCAGCAAACCAGAUCCGGGAUUCGUCCUAACCGACUCGACGAAUCUUCGUUCGUCAUCAUUCAACCAGCUGCUGUCGCCGACAAUUCUCCCAUCCGGCAGUCGACCAGCGACCGCCGUCGAUCAGCUAUACACUCGUUUCGCCGAUACAACCGAUUCAACUUCCCAUGA